AUGAAAGUGUUCUAUCAUGCCUGCAUGACUUUAGCCAGUAUAGCUCACAUGCCAUAUGAUGCUCUAGCUGUAUUGCAUGAUUCAGGAAUACCAUAUACAGAUUCCUACACUACAAAUUUGAGCAAAAUGACCUUCUCGCCUCAUGGAAAUAAUAAACACUCUGAAAUAUGCUUUUCUUUGCUUCUGGCCAAGAACAUUCCUGCAUUCUUGUCAGAAAGUGCACACUGGUUGUUGCCGACACGGAGGAGCCAGACUUGCAAGGUAGCCGGAAGAACCCCCAAAGAAGAUCCAGGAAUCCUACCUACUCCAUCACCCAACUGGCCUCAUCCAAAGCACCCCAAGGGGCAGAAUAGCUCCUCCCUCCCACUUCCCCGCCCAUUGGAGCCAAGCAGGCACAACGAAUCAAGAUCCAAGACCGCAAGCAGCGCACCGCCACGAGCUGGUCAGCGGCGUCAUUCAACAAGUCCCACCCACCAACGCCCCCCGGGAUCCCGCAAACCCCAGCCAAAGCUACCGCCCCACCCCCAGCCUCCCGCCCCCUCCGCCGCUGCUCUUGGCCGCAAGGCCAGCAGAGGGCGCUCUCCACCUUCCUCAGCUCCGCUGUCCCGGGCCCCUCCUCCCCCUCCUCAUCCCAGUCGGCCCCCCACUCCCGGAUCGCCGCUCCACCCCCAACGCACGAACACUGCAUCCUCCUCCAACCGUGACUCCAGUUCACCCCCCACAGCCUGUGCCUUUUCCCCUUUGGAGAUCCCCUGCUCUGCAAUUUCCCCUUCUCCCCCGGACCACCAGGCACAAAGCCCAGCCCUAGGCUAUUCUUUGCAAUCUCAAUUCACCCACCACCCAUUCAUCUAUAUUCCUGGCCCUGAAUCCCCCAACCAACACCAACACUCCCCCCAAAACAAGACCGAUCAGCACACACACACACACACACACACACCGAUCUCCUUAAAGUCAAAACUUUUGUGCCCGUGGGGUGGCGGGGGUCCCCCAAAGACAGGCGCGCAGAAUAGAGAGAGUUGGGUACGGCCUGCCCCGGAGUUUCACAGACCCGUUCAGGGCCAAGUGUCAGCCAGACCGUCCUCCCACUCCUCCCCAAGUUUUUCAAACGACGUUGGCUGGCCUGGGACCUGUAAGUCCGCUUGGGUCUCACCUCCAGGAAAGCUGGAGAGGCGGAGGAGGGCAGAGGACGCCGAGAUCCCGCCGCCCCACCUUGCCUCGCCCCCGUCCAAACCCAAGAGGAGGGCGCCCAGCCUGUGGGAAGGGUUCGUCUCCCAGUCCCAACACCCUCUUCUCGGUCAGAGCCCCCCGACAACUGCCACCCUCCAGAGCUCUCUUACGAUCUCUCUUCUUCUGGGGGAAGACUUCGGGGAUCCCCGGGAAGCCGUCUUAGGUCCCACGACGCCACUCCGGGUGGCGUCUCCUCUUGGCUUGUGCUCUCCCACUUCGGGGAUUCUCUGGGGGUACUACAGAUCCUUGGGGUAG